AUCGUCACCAAAAUGGAUCUGCGCACGAUCGGAGCUACUGCAGGCGAGUAUCCGAUACCCAAGGGCGUCAUCUAUCAGUAUGGCACGGCGGGGUUCCGCAUGCGCGCCGAUGUCCUCGAGCCUGUCCUCUUCCGCGUCGGUAUCCUUGCUGCCUUACGAUCUCAGCGACUCGACGGCAAGAGCGUCGGCGUCAUGAUCACCGCUUCGCACAAUCCCGAACAGGACAAUGGAGUCAAGAUCGUCGAUCCACGAGGCGAGAUGCUCGAGAGCAGCUGGGAACAACAUGCCACCCUCAUUGCAAACGCAGCUACGACGGACGAUCUCGUCACGUUGCUAGAGGAUCUUGCACAGACCGAAAAGAUCAACACUUCUCGACCCGCUCGGGUGGUCUACGGCCACGACACGCGCCCGUCUUGUCCAGCUCUCCUGAAAGCGCUCGAAGAUGGUCUCCAGACCAUGAACGCCAAAAAGGUCACGCAAGGCCUCUUGACCACGCCACAGCUGCACUAUCUCGUACGCGCUUACAACACAAUGGGUACACCUCAGUCGUACGGCACCCCCACCGAAGCCGGCUACUACAAGAAGAUCUCUGAUGCUUUCAAGACUCUCGUCCAUGGCAAGCCUCCCCUCUCUACCCUGACCGUCGAUUGUGCCAACGGCGUCGGCGCACCCAAACUGAAAGCCCUGCUCGAGCAUAUCGGCGAUUCAAACCUGUCUAUACGGAUAACAAAGGACGAGAUUGACACCAAGGGCGCACUCAACAAUAGCUGCGGAGCAGACUACGUCAAGACGCAACAGAAAGCACCCCCGGGAAUGAACAUUGCCUCGCUCGAUCGCUACUGCAGUUUUGACGGAGACGCAGACCGCAUCGUCUACUACUACCAAGACCAAGAUGGCCAAUUCAGGCUGCUCGAUGGAGACAAGAUUGCCGGACUGGCAGCCAUGUUCAUCCUCGAUCUCGUCAAACGCGCUGGUCUGGAAACGCAGGUCGGCGUCGUCCAGACGGCCUACGCCAACGGAUCAUCGACUGCCUACCUCACUAAAGUACUCAAAGUACCCGUGAGCUGUGUCGCGACGGGCGUCAAGUAUCUCCAUCAUGCUGCCGAGCGCUAUGACAUCGGCGUCUACUUUGAGGCCAACGGACACGGCACCGUCCUGUUCUCGGACGAUGCUCUACAGGCUUUCAAGACCAAGGAACCUUCCACGCCGAACCAGCAGAGUGCCCUCGCUCAGCUGGCAGCCUUGAGCGAGAUGAUCAACCAGACGGUGGGGGACGCCCUGAGCGACAUGCUCCUCGUCGAAGCCAUCCUCCUCCAUCGACAAUGGGGCCCAGCAGAAUGGGACCAAGCCUACUCUGAUCUACCCAACCGACUCGUCAAGGUCACCGUGGAGGAUCGCAAUGCGUUUAAGACGGCAGACGCAGAACGCAAGCUCACUUCGCCCAGAGGACUGCAAGAGAAACUAGACGCGCUCGUGGCGAAGUAUCAGCUAGGCCGAGUAUUCGUUCGACCUUCUGGGACAGAAGAAUGUGUUCGCGUCUAUGCUGAGGCUUCCACGCGUGCAGAGACCGAUGAGCUUGCUUUCAAGGCAGCAGGACUCGUUUUCAACGAGGCCGGUCAAGUGCCGCACAGAGGCAGGAUCGUAGAAGCACGCAAGAUGAAGGCAUGGAUCUUUGACGAGGAAAGCUAUGAGGCCCAGCCCGAUCCGACUCUGCCGCAUCACUCUGGCAGAGCGGUCCCUCUGGACGUGCUCGCCAAGCUUGGCCUCGUGCCGUUGACGUCGCAGAAGCAAGAUCAAGUCGACAAGCUGGCUUCAGAGCGAGGCUACAAGCACCGAGACGAGAUCCAUGUCAGCCGUGCCGGUCUUGGCGAUCAAUACGAUGCCAAGAUCAAGAUGUUCUACGCCCAACAUCUCCAUGAGGAUGAAGAGAUCCGGUACAUCAAAGACGGCCAGGGCUACUUUGACGUGAGAGACGGCCAAGAUCAAGCUUGGAUCAGGAUUCUCGUCGAGCCGGAAGAUUUCAUCGUCCUGCCUGCUGGCAUCUACCAUCGCUUCACAUUGGACGAGAGCAAAGACAUCAAGGCAAUGCGUCUGUUCAGAGAUGAGCCAAAGUGGACGCCUCACAACAGGGAUAGCUCGACAGAUCAGAACCCGUACCGCAAGCAGUAUCUGGCCGAAGUGCUCGGCAAGGAGACUGUCUGA